AAGCGCGCGCUGCGGGGCGGGGACAGGCCGAAGUAGCCGAUCUCCGAUUGUCCGUCGCAGCUCCGCCAGAGGGAGCCGCGCGUCUGCGCCGGGAGGUGAGAGGUUGGGGGAAGGGCACUCUAAGGUCGGGUCCAGGCUACGCUCGGCGCUCCCCGGGAGAGGGUGAUUGGCAGCUGCUCUGCGUGGUGUCUCUCGAGAAGGCGGGACUUCCGCGGAAAGCUUGAUUGGGCCUGUCCCCUCUUCGGGGCCAGAGGAGCCCACGAGUUACCUAGGGAUCUGUGGGAAGUACCCUGUGCCUGUUCGAGAAGAUGCCGUACCUUGGCUCCGAGGACGUGGUGAAGGAGCUGAAGAAGGCUCUGUGUAACCCUCACAUUCAGGCUGAUAGGCUGCGCUAUCGGAAUGUCAUCCAGCGAGUGAUUAGGCACAUGACUCAGGGCUUGGACAUGUCUGGUGUUUUCAUGGAAAUGGUGAAGGCCAGUGCCACUGUAGAUAUUGUUCAGAAGAAGUUGGUUUAUCUGUACAUGUGUACCUAUGCCCCUCUGAAACCAGAUCUGGCUCUCCUGGCCAUCAACACACUGUGCAAAGACUGUUCGGACCCCAACCCGAUGGUGCGAGGGCUGGCACUACGGAGCAUGUGUAGCCUCAGGAUGCCUGGUGUGCAGGAAUAUAUCCAGCAGCCAAUUCUCAACGGUCUACGGGAUAAGGCUUCGUAUGUCAGGAGGGUAGCAGUCCUUGGUUGUGCCAAGAUGCAUAAUCUUCAUGGAGAUUCUGAAGUGGAUGGUGCCCUGGUAAAUGAAUUAUAUAGUUUGCUACGUGACCAGGAUCCAAUUGUGGUUGUAAACUGCUUGAGGUCUCUGGAGGAAAUUCUGAAACAGGAAGGAGGUGUUGUCAUCAAUAAGCCCAUCGCCCACCAUCUCUUAAAUCGAAUGUCAAAACUGGACCAAUGGGGCCAGGCUGAAGUACUGAACUUUCUGCUGCGCUACCAACCCCGCAGUGAGGAGGAGCUGUUUGACAUUCUCAAUCUGUUGGACAGUUUUCUCAAGAGCAGCAGCCCAGGGGUGGUGAUGGGAGCCACCAAACUCUUUCUGAUCUUGGCCAAAAAAUUCCCGCAUGUUCAAACUGAUGUGCUCAUGCAGGUCAAGGGACCUUUGCUGGCUGCCUGUUCUUCCGAGAGCCGUGAGCUCUGUUUCGCUGCCCUCUGUCAUGUACGCCAGAUCCUGCAUAGUUUGCCGGGUCACUUUAGCAGCCACUACAAAAAGUUUUUUUGCUCCUACUCGGAGCCCCACUACAUCAAGCUCCAGAAGGUGGAGGUGCUGUGUGAGCUGGUGAACGAUGAGAACGUGCAGCAGGUGCUGGAGGAGCUCCGCGGGUACUGCACCGAUGUGUCUGCUGACUUUGCACAGGCCGCCAUCUUUGCCAUAGGUGGCAUUGCCAGGACCUACACAGAUCAGUGUGUGCAGAUUCUAACAGAGCUGCUGGGGCUUCGGCAAGAGCACAUCACCACAGUGGUGGUGCAGACUUUCCGAGACCUGGUUUGGCUGUGUCCCCAGUGUACGGAAGCCGUGUGUCAGGCCCUGCCCGGCUGUGAGGAGCACAUUCAGGACAGCGAGGGGAAGCAGGCGCUGAUUUGGCUCCUGGGCGUCCAUGGGGAACGAAUUCCCAAUGCUCCUUAUGUGUUGGAGGACUUUGUAGAGAAUGUGAAGUCAGAGACGUUUCCAGCUGUUAAGAUGGAGCUGCUCACGGCACUGCUGCGUCUUUUCCUCUCCCGACCGGCCGAGUGCCAGGACACGCUGGGCCGUUUGCUGCAUUACUGCAUAGAGGAAGAAAAGGAUAUGGCUGUACGGGACCGAGGUCUCUUCUAUUAUCGCCUCCUCUUAGCUGGUGUUGAUGAAGUGAAGCGGAUCCUGUGCAGCCCUAAGUCUGACCCUUCUCUUGGACUUUUGGCGGAUCAGGCAGAAAGACCUGUGAACAGCUGGGCCUCCGACUUCAACACACUGGUGCCAGUAUAUGGCAAAGCCCGCUGGGCAACCAUCUCCAAGUGCCGAGGGGUAGAGCGUCAUGGCCCAGAGCUUCCUAAUGCAUCCUGUGCCACAUCAGGACCCCUGGUUCCUGCAGAGAACAAGGAGCGGGUACAAGAUCUCCCCGAUUCCGGAGCCCUCAUGCUAGUCCCCAAUCGUCAGCUAACUGCUGAGUGUUUUGAGAAAACUUGGCUUAGCCUCAAAGUUGCUCAUCAGCAAGUGUUCCCGUGGCAGGGAGUGGUCCAUCCUGACACCCUCCAGAUGGCCCUGCAAGUGGUGAACAUCCAGACCAUCGCCAUGAGCAGGGCUGGGGCGCAGCCCUGGAAAGCCUUCCUCAGUGCUCAGGACGAUACUGGCUGUCUGUUCCUAACAGAACUGCUGUUGGAGCCCGAGAACUUAGAAAUGCAGGUCUCUGUGAAACAAAGCAAGGCGAGGACAGAGACACUGCACAGUUUUAUUUCUGUAUUAGAAACUGUGAUUGGAACAAUUGGAGACUUAAAGUCCUAACGACUUCUUGCCUGUCCUGAGUGAGAUGAAUAGCUGUCAGAGUUCCUUAGUUUUUCUCACUACAGCUGCUUGUAAGUCCAGAUAAUGUCAAAUGCAAAGGAGAAGAGGAAUCUAGGGAUUAAGAUUCUUAUGCUUUUGUCCAAAGACCAUUGACAUAUUCCUCUCAUACUUAUUGCUGAAUGACCCCAUUUUUCCAGGUGAUAUUGAAAAGGUUAAUGUUGGUAAGCGGGUGGGAAUGCGGUGAUAGGAUUUGGCUUUUUUUCUAAUCAGUUUAAGGGGUUAUUUUACUACUUAAAGAUGCCUGAAGUCUCUGGACUGAUGACGUCAUCAUUUUUGGGAGGCAUCUUUUCUCCCCUGGAUUACUGCAGUAAAUUCCUUACUGUUCUCAUGUUUCUAAUCAUGCUUUUUAGGCCAGAGAUCAAAGUCCUCCGUGUGGCAUCUAAAGUGCCUCUUCAGUGCUGUGGCUCAGCACUCCCCGAAAUUCCCUCUGUUCUGACAAAAGCAAACCACCUGCAGUUCCCUGGAUACACUACUAGGUCCUUUCUCCCCCCUGCACUUCGGCCCCUGCUGCUUUCUCUCAUGCCUAAACAUUUCCUCACCCUCAUAUCUUUGUUAAGUAACACCUAGUCUAUCUCAGUGUUCACCUCAGGCAUGAGCUCUUGCAGGGAGUUCGCUGUGACCCUCGCUGCCAUUGUUAGGGGUCUCACUCAAGCCGUGAAAGCAGUCGGUGCCUGUGUCUAGCAGGACUAUUGUAAUUAUUUUCUUGUCACUCUUUCUCACUUUUGACUUUAUUCAUACCAUACCACGUUUUACACAUUGAGACAACUUAUGGCAAAAACAGAUGUAAUAAAAUGAUGGCAAAGUAUAAAACAACCAGAGAACCCAGCACAGGAAAAAUAAAAAUACCCAUGAAGACCAGCUGGGUUAGGGAUGGGAAGGUAUGCAAAUGUUCAGGCUGAAAGGGCCUAUGUAGUUGGCAGAGUUGAGCGUCAGCCUUAGCUCUGGAAGUGAUCUGGCAGUCAGAAUAAGCAGAAAUAGUUAUAUCUUGUUAUCAGAGAGGAAGAAACAUUUCAAUUCUAAUUUCUAAAAGAAACUUCCAUGCAGUUUCACACAGGUGGCCCUGAGUGGUAUGUGGAAGAUGCCUGUGGGAAGUUGGUAAAGUGCUUCACCUGACUUGUGGCGCUCCUCCGUGCAAGCAGAGGGCAUCACUCUAACAUGGAGCUUAGUGAGUGCAUCCCCUCAAGGACGAAAGAUAAUGUGACCCAAAUAUCCAGCUUAAUUCAAGGACUUCUUCCUGGAUACACAGAUGGACUGCAUAUCCUGCAAAUAAUUCUUCACCCAUCAUUUCUCUCAACUAGGCUUUUAAUAGGAAUAGAUACAGCUAGUACUGAAUUUUCUGGCAAGGGCCUGGGUCUUGUGAGUUGUCUGUCUCCACCGAACAAUUUCUAAGGACAGUGAUUAUCUUUCUUUCCUUCUGUCUCCAUUGUGCCUACCACAUAGUCGUUACUCAAUAAAUGGUAUUGAAGGAAUGACUGGAA